AUGGAGAAACUGAAGAUUCUGCUUGCUGUUGUCUUAUCUUUUGGGACGGCCUCAGCAGCCUCUCUUGGUUUGGUACAAACGGAAGGUGGCAGUGUUCAAGGAAGAAAUAUCCCCCUUGGUUUUUUCCGCUCUGUGGAAGUUUUCAAAGGAAUUCCCUUCGCUGCCAAGCCUGGAACAUUUGAGAAACCCCAACCUCACCCUGGCUGGGAUGGCGUCCUUAAGGCAACUAAGUUUGCCCAGAGAUGUCUCCAGAUCAGCAUGCUCCAGACUUCAAGUUUUGGUUCUGAAGACUGCCUUUACCUCAACAUCUGGGUUCCUCACGGCCGACAAGUGUCAUCAGAUCUCCCCGUCAUGAUUUGGAUCUAUGGAGGAGGCUUCUUGGUUGGUGGUUCAAUGGGGGCAAACUUUCUCAACAACUAUCUGUACAGCGGUCAGGAAAUUGCAGACAAAGGUGGUGUCAUCGUGGUGUCCGUGGGAUACCGUGUGGGAACCCUGGGCUUCCUCAGUACUGGAGACUCUCGCUUACCUGGAAACUACGGUCUGUGGGACCAGCAUGCUGCCAUCGCAUGGGUGAGCAGGAACAUCCGCUCUUUUGGAGGAGACCCUAGUAACAUCACCAUCUUUGGAGAGUCAGCAGGUGGAGCUAGUGUCAGCUUCCAGACGCUCUCCCCCCACAACAAAGGGCUGUUCAAGAGAGCCAUCUCCCAGAGCGGUGUUGCCUUCUGCCCCUGGGCUAUAAACAGGAACCCCAGCAAGACCGCAGAGGAGGUUGCUGAGAAGGUCGGCUGCCCCAUGGAUGACUCGCUGGUGUCCUGUCUCAAAUAUGUUGAUGCUGCAACUCUCGUCAUGGCUGCCCCCCGCCUCAAACUGGGCUCCCCUGAUUCUCCCGGUGUGCUAAACAUGGUUCUGGCUCCUGUUGUUGAUGGAGACUUCCUCCCCGAUCAGCCUGAAAACUUGUUCCACAACACUGCUGACAUCGAUUACCUCUCAGGGGUUAAUAACAUGGAUGGACACCUGUUCACCUCCAAGGACAUUUCCUCCAUUGGGGACAAGAAUCAAGAGACUUCUGUAGAAGAUGUGAAGAGGCUCCUUGGUGCUUAUACCAAAGAGACAGGGCAAGCUGGUGUUGAGGUUGCCUUUACUGAAUAUUCAUCCAACUGGGGAUCAACACCCACCCAGACCACCAUUAAGAAAGCUGGUGUAGACAUUGGGACUGACUUCCUCUUCCUGGUUCCUGCACAGACUGCCAUCUACCUGCAUGCAGCUCACGCCAGGUCUGGCCGUACCUUCUCCUACCUGCUGUCCGAGCCCAGUUUAUUGGCCGGACCGGGCAAACCCUACAAUGACUGGGUGGGGGCCGACCAUAUGGAUGACCUGCAGUACGUGUUUGGAAAACCCUUCACCACACCUAAGGCUUAUGGGGACCGGCACAGAGACCUGUCUGGCUACAUUAUCGCCUACUGGACUAACUUCGCCAGAACUGGAAACCCUAACAAAGGAAACAUGCAGGUUCCUGUGAACUGGCCUGAGUUCACCAGCACUGGACACCAGUUCCUGGACAUCCAUGCUAAGAUGAAUGAGAGCUCUCUUGGACAGGAAAUGAGGCUACGUUUUGUUCGCCUUUGGACCAGCACCCUUCAAAACCUCCAAUCACGUGGUGUCACAGAUGCUCAGUGA